AUGUAUUCAUCUCAUGAGUUGAACGAAUUUUCUCCUUCUCGUUUAGACGGGAUAGACAUAAACGCAGAGAAAUGGUAUCGUUGGUCCUACUGCGAAUUCUUGAAGGAUGCUGGAAUGAGGAUUAAUUUUGCGCUAAAGUUUUUCAAAUUCAGCCCUCAGUUAACAAUUGCAACAGCAGUAGUGUUCUGCCAUAAGUUCUUUGCAAACCACUCUCAUAAACAACCGGAAAAUGAGCGCUUUGUAAUUGCGACAGCUUGUUUGUUUCUAGCCGGGAAAGUUGAAGAGACUCCCAAAGCACUUCGAGAUGUAGUUAAAACUGCUUUGUUCAUUAAAUAUCAAGAUGACCCAAAGCGCUACAAUAAAUUAAUCAAUGACCGAAUAUUCAUGGAACAACAAAGAGAUGUGAUUCUUUGUGCUGAGCGAUCAUUAUUGCACACACUUGGGUUUCAUUUUCACGCUGAACAUCCAUACAAGCACUUACUACGUAUUGUGAAACAAAUGAGUGAAGAAAAAGUCAUUCCAGAAAAAAAUGCAAGAGAUCUAGCUCAAGUUGCCUGGAACUUUGCAAAUGAUAGUGCAAAAAUUUCUGUAGAGAAGGAAUGGUGGGAAACAUGUACUGUACGCCAAAGUGUUCGUGAAGAUAUAAGUAACCAAAUUUUAGAUCUUUACGAACAAACAGGUGGUUCGACUAUUUCAACUAUAGCUAGUAGAUUUUGA